AUGACCUACGAUAAACAAAACAAUGGCAGUAUCGCCAAACCGUUCACACCCACCCUCAGCGCUGCAUUCCAUAGGAGUAACAGGGCUCCUUUGACACCAAAACUUGCAAGUCCAAGUCCCGGUCCAGGAUUCCCACGUCGCCUCGCACAACCCGACCACCCCUAUUCCAAAGACGACUCCCCCGCGGUCCCGACCUUUCUGAGCGCCAACGUCACUCCACGAUCCGGUCCUCGAACCACCCGGCGAGAUGGCGCUAUCUACUCCCCCACAAAUACUUCACCUGCCCCUUCUCCCUCUCCAAAUCCACCUUACUCCCAGUCAACAAUUGGUUAUGGUCGUCGAGACCGCAGCCCGGCCCGCGGGGUCAAGCCGGAACAAUCUCGAACUCUGAGGUCGAAGACAUUGACCGCAGACAACCAGCCUAGAUCAAGAUUGAAUUCUUUCUCGGAUACGACAUCCGGGACCCCCCUGUUCUUCCAUGCGUCCGACGCACGAUCGUCACAUCCUUCUGAGCCAUCAGAUGCCCCUCGCCCGAGGCCCCAGGGGAAGACAUCCCCAGCCUCGAGCUUCAUAUAUGCGAACGGAGAUCAAGAGCGAAAAUCACUAGGGGAGCAAUCGAAUGUUACAUCCGCUUCUGCCAAACGGCGAUCGGGUGGUCUUCCCCGUCCCCUGUCCGCCAGCAAACCACCACCUUCCUCCUCGCGCUUGAGCUCUCCUGGUCUUCCAGAUGUAGCUUCACACCCUCCAGAAGAUAUCAGAUUACCAUAUGUCACCAGCAUUGAGAGUGGACUAGGAAUUAGCCCGCGUCUUGGCUCGCCCUCGUCGAGUACAAUCGGCGAGAGACCGCGACCGCAUCCGAUCCGACAUACCAAGUCCUCAAGCGUCGACUCAGGCCGCCAUGGCAAUUAUUUACAAGACAGCUUGCGGGCAAGCCCAGUCAUCGUAUCCGGGAGCCAUUUUGGUGAAGAACCAGCGCCUGUGAUGUCGGAGCAGAUACCCGCCCUUCGCCCUCGCAUCUUCAGCAAUGUAUCCACCACCUCAACAGAUACAUACCCUCCUGUACCACUUAGUCCUGGGAAAUCCGAGGGUCCGAGUGAGGCAGCUCUUAAUGCGCGUAUCGAGCGCAAGAUCAUGGACUUGGAAAUAAGCAACUCUUCACUACUAGCCAUCAAUCGUACCCUGGAGCGCGAAAUGCGACAACAGAAGGCGGAGCUUCGGCGGUUCCGACGACUGAGUCGCUCCGGACGCAUAUCAAUGGCACCUUCCACCCGUUCAUUCUCCGGAGCGGCACUCUCAGUUACCAGUGAGCUAAACGAGGGCGCAAGUGAGAUUUCGAACCUGUCACAAGACGAUAUGUCCGACAUCAGCGAUGAGGAUUCAAUUGUGGAUGAGAGCAUCCUGAGUCCGGGCUCGCUGGCCGAGCAUAAUGCCAAGAACCGUGUCAAUGAUGAGAAACGCGUCAUGCUUGACUUGGCGCGACAUCAGGAGGUGCUAGUGGACAGCCAGAAGAUGAACCAAAGUCUCAAGCGCUGUCUAGGAUGGACCGAAGAACUUAUCAAAGAAGGACAGCGGGCCCUGGAGUACAAUGUUCACGUUCAAGACGUUGAGCUGGGUGGCCGAGUCCUAGCGCCUGAAGAGUUGGGCGAAAUUGGUGAGAGCGGCCGUGGUCUUUUGAGCCCUUCAGUCCAAUAUAACGCCUCUUUUUCUCCUAUGGAGGCCUCCGAACUAUCAUUUACUGAAUCACUAUAUAUUGGAACACUAUCUCCUACGCCCUCUAUUUCUGAUCCGAGCACCUGA